AUGAGGUCGCUCGUUACCUUUGCAUUUGUUCUUGCAGCCUCUCUCAUUUUUACUAUCGAAUGCGCACCAAAGCCGUGGGAAGAUGAUUCAGAAUAUGCCUACGUUAGUUUAGACAUCAACGCAGGAGUAGCGACUCCAACGACUACUACGACCCAAAACCAUGACGCCGAAGCAGUUCCUUAUGCCAGCUUGGAGGCGCUCUUUAAUAAUCCAGAAUCUAAGCAGACCGGGGAAACCUCCCCGUGUCCCACUGGAGGACGUAUCACCACGGCAAAUGGCACUGCAUCUGCAUCCGGAACAGGGCUGUUGAAAAUCACUGGUGGAAGUGGUAUCUAUCGAAGUGUCUCUGCUUCUGGCAGCGCCCCGUCACAGGGGACUGGUGGUGUUCCAUCGUAUCCCAUAUCGGGCGCCCCAUACCAAAAUGUUACGUCGCCAAUAUUCCCAUCGCCUUCCAUACCAGGGCUGGUUCCAUCACCAAAUCUACCUUACGGCAGUGCAGGUAUCCCCAGUCCAGGCGCUUCAGGCGAAGUCCAACCCAGCGGCCUAAGCAAUUUCUGUCCAUCCGCUGCGACGGUAACUAUGCCGGCUUCCACGGUCACACUACCUGCAGAGACAGUAACAGUAACAGCGCAGGCUGAAGCGCAAGCAUCGGCAGAUGCAUCAGCAGGAGCACAAAUCGCCCCAGCUGUAACGGUCACAACAACCAUAAUAAUCACAGUCACGGCAAAUCAAGGCGCAAGCUGUCCAACAGGAGGGAACGCUGGCAACCUGCCACCUAGUCCCGCAGUGCCGUCGUUUACAGACCAGAUUCCACCUGCUUCACCCCCGGACUUAGAAUUCCAGCAGCAUCCCCUUCUGGUGGACUGGGGCUCCCUCAGACUACGCCAUUGA